UUUGAUGUGACAUUUUUCACAUCAAAAUGGCUUAUGCCCAACAGCUGUUUUAAGGCUUCAUGUUUAAUAAUCGAGAAGACAAAUCAUUGGAAUGAUGCAUCAUCUCAACAUCACACUCUGUCUGCCACCUUUGUCUGUAGCUGAUCAUGCUUUGCAUGUGUGGCAUUCUGAAACGUCCUUAUAUGCAGUACCAUUAUCUCUCAUUUCAGUUUGGGACCUUGCAGUCGGAAUCGUCAUUGAUUUAUUCAAAGUCUAAAGACAGUCCAGAGUAGCCAGGGCUAUUCGAAGUGUCCAUUUAUUGCUUGUCGUUUUUAUGUCAUUUUGAAUAACCACUGCAGUGCAUACCUGUGUUUGUUUGGAACUUUGCAGUCGGGAUUGUCGUUUAUGUAUUCAAAGUCCAAAGAAGCCUGGGCUAGUUGUCGUUUUGAAUAGCCAUUGCAUACCUGACUUUGUUGACAAAAUCCACAGAAACAUUUCAUGCAAGCAAACCGCAUACCGAGACAUUGUUUAUUCUUGAGAUCAGACAUGAUUAUCAUCCAAACAUGACUUUCUACCAGUGCUGUGCACUGAUUCUGUGCUGCCAAAACUCUUUACUUCGACCCCUCUCAAGUGGAGCUCACAUUGUACGCACAAAUGGCAGCGUUGUGCUAUGAAACACAUUAUUUUCAAUGACUUGCACACGCAUGAACUUUUCUGCUGCUGCACCAAACAAAGUGCAGCGCAAGCGCCAUUUUGCCACUUUGCUGCUCUUGUGCGUGCCGCGGUCAAAGUUCCACCGCUGCACUGUAAAUCAUAGAUAUGUUGCGCUGAGUCCGGCAGCAAGCACAACAAAAUGAUCUCAACCAAAAGCAACCUAUUGGCGAGCACAGCGCAUGCCGCGUGCAAUGUGUAGGCCCCUUCAAGUUGGGUUCUCAUUGCACUGCACUAUGAAACCCAUGAUUUUCAAGGGCUUGCUCGCGCAAGAACUGGUGUGUCGCUUUGCUUUGGGGCAGCCGUGGUCUACUGGUUAGGGCUUUAGUCUUGUAACUGGAGGGUUGCCGGUUCGAUCCCCGACCAGUCCACGGCUGAAGUGCCCUUCAGCAAGGCACCUAACUCCUCACUGCUCCCCGAGUGCCGCUGUUGAGCAGGCAGCUCACUGCUCCGGGUUAGUGUGUGCUUCACCUGACUGUGUAUUCUGUGUGCUGUGUCUGUUCACUAAUUCACGGAUUGGGAUAAAUGCAGAGACUGAAUUUCCCUCACGGGAUGAAAAGAGUAUAUAUACUUAUACUUAUACUUUCCCGCUCACGCAAGUGCCAUCGUCGUUCAACCAGGUCACAGCAAAAAUCUUUGGGUCAUUACCUUAACCAAGAGCAGCCUGCCGCUUGCAAUGUAAAGACCCCUAAUAAAUGAAACCCUGUGUCUGUGUCCCUGCAAUAAGAAUGGCGGUUGGAAUUCUUGUCAUCUUUUUGGCUGUUGGAAUCCUACAGUCUGAUCGGCUGCAGGAACCCUGCAAUGUGAUUGGAUAAUGGAAUUCGCCAUUCUGAUGCUGUAGAAUCUCACUAUGUGUUUGGCUGCUGAAUCCCUGUAAUUUGAUUGGCUUAUAGCAUUCUGAUUGACUGCUAAAUCCCUGCUAUUUGAUUGAUUAUCGGGAAUCCCGCAUUGUAAUUGGCUGUUGGUUGAUUAAAAGAUUGUAUCAGUAACAGUCAGACGAAUGCAGGAUACCAUUACCUAGCACAGACAGAUAUGAACAAACAAAGGCACAAAUAGGCCUAAUAAACAGUAAAAAAUGAAAAUAAAAGUGAUAUAACAUGUGUCCCAGUUAUACUCCACUUCACAGUCUUCAGGGUGAGAAACCCUACCCAUUCUGAAAAAAGAAGCAUACACUGGUCACAUACAUAUUCACUAAAUCUGCAGUCAGUGUAAGAGUGUUCUUGAUGAUCUGAGGAGAAUAAGAUAUUAGAAUGUUGAUUUGGGGAAAACCGCUUAUAUAUAUCUUUGGGAAAAUCUCUUUUUUGUCUACUGUGUUUUGUUAUGCUUUUGUUGAGUCUAUUUCAACACCAAUCCUUUUAUGACCUCUACAACAUCAUUGUAAUUGUUGCCAUACAUUUUAUAGCUUGGUCAAUAUAGCGUGAAUUAUUUAGUGUAAUAAUGGGUAAAUUAUUUAUGAUACCAUUUCAUUAGGCUAGUUGUAAUUGUUUGAAAACCAAAUGUAUCAGGGCAGUCUUAAUACAUUAUUAACUUAACAGAUUUGUUGUUAUUAUUAUUCUUUGUUUUAUUUAUUAGGGACCGUGGACAAUUUAAAGCAUAUAUUUUGAAACAGAAAUGUUGCCAUUUGAUGCAUUGUACCAAAGUUAGCCUCAGGCUAAUUUACAUCAUUGUCUUCAUGCUACACGUACGUUUCACAACAUCCCCCACAGUCGCAGCUCUAGCACCUGGAGUUUAUCCAGGAUGAGCCAUCAGCAUGCCAAGGUUUAUCCACAUGAUCCUGACAGUGCGUCAUGACCAUCCCUUCUGCUCAAACAGAAACAGUUGGUUAUAAAGAUUUUUAAUCAAAAGUCAAAUGCAUUUUACAACAGUGUUUGACCUAGAGGUACGAACACAACAUAAUUUAAGGCUGCUUGACUCUUUGGACUGAUCAUUCAUUUCAUUUAGUCUACACAUGCGCUUUGGUUAUGUUUUAUAAGACAAAUAUAUGUAUUUUGCUAAAUAUAAUUUGGACAUAGAUGUAGUUCCAUACCUUCUGGUGUCCUCACAAAGUAGGCUGUAUGGCAAACGGAGCCAGGCCACAAACAAUCAGUAUGAGAGCUGUAGACUCCCGUAUAGAAAGACAACACCAUAUGUUAACUAUACCCUGUACUGUAAAUCCCCUUGAUAUGUUUUACUUCCUUGCAUUUAUAUACUUUGCAGACACCUUUAUCCAAAAUUGAAGAAUUCAGAAAUGAAGAAUAGCAUACAAGCUACUAUGCAGGGGAGAUCUUAUGUUGCAGAUCAGAUCCGAUCCGAUCAACUUUAUUGUCCCAGAGGGGAAAUUCGUCUUGGGCAUCAAGUACCUCUCACAGGCAAAGAAGCACCAUCUGACAGUGAACCUCACCACAUUCCGGAUCUGGUGCUAUGUGUGUGAGCGGGAGGUGUUCCUGGAGCAGCGGCCCAUGGUUCCGGCGCCGGCCCCCCACCAGUGCAAGUCCCGAGAGCAGGAUCCCUUACUUCAUGCGACCAGUCAUCCCUUGAAAGCUGUGCCCAUCGCCGUGGCCGACGAAGACGAGUCCGAGUCGGAGGAGGACGAGCUCAAACCAAGAGGUCUCACGGGGAUGAAGAACAUCGGGAACUCGUGUUACAUGAACGCUGCCCUGCAGGCCCUCUCCAACUGCCCUCCUUUAACCCAGUUCUUCCUGGACUGCAGCGGACUGGUCCGCACCGAUAAGAAGCCGGCCCUGUGCAAGAGCUACCAGAAGCUCAUUUCAGAGCUUUGGCACAAGAAACGGCCUAGUUAUGUUGUCCCCACCAAUCUGUCUCAUGGUAUCAAGCUGGUAAAUCCCAUGUUUCGGGGCUACGCCCAACAGGACACGCAGGAGUUCCUGCGCUGCCUGAUGGACCAGCUGCACGAGGAGCUGAAAGAGCCCCUGAGGGAGAGCGGCGGCGGGGGUGCCAUGGGCGACUCGGGCGCGGAGGCGGGCGACGGCGGGACGGGGGCGCGGGACGACGAGCGCAGCCCCUCGGAGGACGACUUCCUGUCCUGCGACUCGGGCUCCAGCAGCGGGGAGGGGCCGGAGGGCCGCGGGGCCGGAGAGGCCGAGCUGCUCAUCCAGGACGAGUGCGGCGGCGUGCGCAUGGCCCCUGCGUCCACCGCCACCACCGCCACCUCCACCGCCACCGCCACCGGCGGGGGGAUCUCGGAGAAGGAGCGGCUGAAGGAGCGCAGGGUGUCGGGGUCGCCGCUCCGCGGGGCCUCCCAGGAGAUGGACGAGGACGCGGACGUGGACACGGCCGCCGCUCAGGAGGGCCCGGGGGAGAGGGAGCCGGAGGAGACGCCGGUGCCCAGCAGCACUCCCAACCAGGCACCAGCCAACAGCACCACAGAGCCUGAUAACGAGGCGUCGAUGCACCAUCCUCCGUCACGGCCCUGUAGUCCCGCCCCCACCGUCCAGGAGCUCCAUCCCAAGCUCUCCAGCAGCCCACCCAGGUCCAGCCCCCUGAGGUCAGCCUACUCCCUCAAGAAAGCUCAGGCUAUCAUGGGCCCCAGGAAGAAGAAGCAGUCUCGCUACCGGAGCGUGAUCUCGGAUAUCUUCGAUGGUUCUAUUUUGAGUCUAGUUCAGUGUCUGACAUGCGACAGGGUUUCCACCACGGUGGAGACAUUUCAGGACUUGUCCCUGCCGAUUCCAGGGAAAGAGGACCUAGCCAAGCUGCACUCUUCCAUCCACCAGAACGCCCCGGCCAAGACAGGCGUAUGCGCGGACACCUACGCCACUCAGGGCUGGAUCUCCUUCAUUAUGGACUCCAUACGCAAGUUUGUGGUCUCCUGCAUCCCCAGCUGGUUUUGGGGGCCAAUGGUGACCCUGGAGGACUGCCUCGCUGCCUUCUUCGCUGCAGACGAACUGAAAGGUGACAACAUGUACAGCUGUGAAAGAUGUAAAAAGUUAAGGAAUGGAAUCAAAUACUGCAAAGUAGUAAGACUACCUGAGAUUCUCUGCAUUCACCUGAAGCGCUUUAGACACGAGGUCAUGUACUCCUUCAAGAUAAACAGCCACGUGUCGUUUCCAUUAGAGGGCCUCGACCUUCGACCUUUCCUGGCCAAAGACAGUCCCUCUCAGAUUACAACCUAUGACCUCCUGUCCGUCAUCUGUCACCACGGCACCGCAGGCAGUGGUCACUACAUAGCCUACUGCCAGAAUGUGAUUAAUGGCCAGUGGUAUGAGUUUGAUGACCAGUACGUGACCGAGGUGCAUGAAACUGUGGUGCAGAACGCGGAGGCCUACGUCCUGUUCUACAGGAAGAGCAGUGAGGAGUCGGUGCGUGAGCGGCAGAAGGUGGUGGCGCUGGCCAACCUCAAGGAGCCCAGCCUGCUGCAGUUCUACAUCUCCAGGGAGUGGCUCAACAAGUUCAACACCUUCACCGAGCCCGGCCCCAUCAGCAACCACACAUUCCUGUGUCAGCACGGAGGAAUUCCUCCCACUAAGUACCACUACAUCGACGACCUUGUGGUGAUCCUUCCCCAGAAUGUCUGGGAGUAUCUCUACAACAGUUUUGGUGGCGGGCCUGCCGUGAACCACCUCUACCUGUGUGCUAUCUGUCAAGUAGAGAUUGAGGCUCUUGCCAAACGCAGGAAGAUGGAGAUUGACACUUUUAUCAAGCUAAAUAAGGAGUUUCAGGCAGAGGAGGCUCCCACCGUGAUCUUGUGCAUCAGCAUGCAGUGGUUCAGAGAGUGGGAGAGUUUUGUCAAGGGCAAAGAUAACGAGCCCCCAGGCCCCAUUGACAACAGCAAGAUCGCUGUGAUGAAGGGGGGGCACAUACAGCUCAAACAAGGAGCAGACUAUGGUCAGAUCUCUGAGGAGACGUGGCAGUACCUGCUCAGCAUCUACGGUGGAGGCCCUGAGAUCGCCGUCAGACAGGCGGUCAUUCCCCAGGAGCCCGACGGCCACGGAGAGCGCAAGAUAGAGGCAGAGACCAGGGCACUCUGAAAGAGCAGGUCGAGGCAUGUACCCCCCGCCCCGCCCGCACCGCUCCGCCACCACCACCACCUCCACCUCCUCCUCCACCUCCUCCACCACCACCCCUCCUCUCCCUCACUGAAGCCUUCACUCCACAGCAUCGCUGGAGCACCCAUCCCCCAGGGGCUUUUCUCACCUGCGCGAGAGGAGAGGAGCCGCCGCCGUGCUCGCUACAUUACUCCUAGAUUAGGCCACAGUACGUUGUUGCAUAGAUGACGAGUACGCGUUAACGAUAACGAAGGAGUAUUUGAGACCACACUCUGGAAGAGAGGCCGAGGGAGGAAGAGCAGAGAGGGAGGGGAGAGACUUAAUCACGCACUGGCAAACUUGUUGAGAGUGAGCCCGAAAAAAGAGGAUUUCUACAAAGACACUUAAAUGUAUAUACCUGCGACUUACAGACAACUUACAGAACACACUACGCGUACACACGCACGCGCACACACACACACACACACACACACACACACACACACACACACACACACACACACACACACACACACACACACACACACACACACACACACACACACACACAGACACACACACAGACACACACACACACACACAGUUUUCAUCUGCCUUUGAGGAGCCUACUGUGGGGCUCUCCGGGGGUGGAUGAUGAAAGCUCUACAGCUGCUGCCUGGUGACUGACUGCUGCUCUGGACACUAACCCCGCCUCAUGCGUACAGCAUGUCUGCCAGCUGACUCAGACCUGAGGAGAGAGUGCUUCAUCUCGCCUAUUUAUUUUUGCCUGGCAGUGCACAAGUCCGGCAGCCCUUGAGUCAGGAUUGAUUAAGGGUGUUGUACAGUGAGAGAGGCUAGUCGAGGUACUGUCCUGAGGCAUUCCCCUCAUAAUGGGGAAUGUCAGAGUACGGGUAAAAACGGAGAAAGGGUUCUGUAGGUCAUGGUGGGUUUUUUUUUUUAACAGAAUUAGGGCCAUUUUCAAAGUUGCAGACGACACAAUUAUUGCGUUGAAAAAUGCCGAGAUGAUUCACAAUCUGGCCUUUCACAGUUGUACAGCUUGUCCUUAUCGCGGGGGUCAGAAUGCGUCACAGGCCAAUGAAGCAUCAGUUGCUCAGUUCCUCUUGCUUCUGUUGUGUCUUGAUGUUUCAUUCGAAUUUUGUCACCGAAUACUGAAACCUUAUAAACGCAUGGACGCGUUGUUCUCAGCCAUGGUGUUCUAUAGGCAGGUUGAGGCUAGUCGAUGGCUGAGUCAUUGUAUACUUUGAUUAGUUUGAAUGAACACACCUCAUCUCAACAAACCAGCAGGCCCCCGUCAGACUCAACCAAGUUAGAGACUCAAAGCCUCGUUCCUGCCAUUUCUGAUCUGAUGCCGAAGAAGACCGUAGCCAGUUGCUGGCUUCUAUUGUGGUUGAGUUCACCAAAGAGAAAGUUCAACAUCUGGUUUCGAUUUCCAAAACUUGCCUGGAGAUUAUCCGGCGUUUUCUUUUCUGUUCUUUUUUUUUUCCUUCUUUUGUUUCAAUCACUUACUGGGCACGUGCAAUGUUGGUCAAUAUCUAGUGUGUAUAACUGAAAGGAGUGUGGCACUAAAUUCUACUAUUAAAGAGCUUAAUUAGAAUGAUCUUUGUUAAACUUAUUGAGUGUAUCUCUCUAUCCGUGAACAUUGAUGACAUAUGACAUAGCCAUUACAUUUCAAAUUAAUGUCAAGACUUGACCUAGUGAACUAAUAGAUAUUGUAUAACAGUGUCUUUGGUUGAAGUCCCAGGUGAUCACAGUUUUAAUGCCGGCAUAUUGCAGUCAAGGUUGACUAAGCUUUUUUUCGAGUGUCUGUUUAUUGUCUGUUUAACUGUAUUGAAAUUGAGAGUGAAUAAAGCCUGUUCUUU